CAGCUUUGGAACCUGAACCAUCGCUACAACUUCCUCGUGGUCCCCUCUCACUCUCUACAAUAUCCCACCGAGCCGAGGACGCGGAGAAUUCUACACCAAACUCCAUUUCCUACUAAAACGCCCCAUCCACCGCCCUCCCUACCCACCAACCAACCGCCCAAAACCCACAGUAUCAAGCACAGCAACAGCACAACACCAACAACAAUGGCGCAAAAGCUCCACCUCACCCUAACAACCACCCUAACCCUCCUCGACCAAUUCCAAACCGCCCUCACGACCUCCAAAGCAUCCUCCACCUCCCCAACCACCACAACAACCGAAACAAUAACCACCAAAGACGCCCUCCCCCUCCUCUCCGCCUCCGCCCUGUCCCUCAAAUCGCAAAUCACCAAACUCUCGCUCGUCUCCAUCACGGCCCCCUUCACCCCGACGGCCGCCAUCCCAAUCCUAACCGCGCUCAACGAAUCCGUCCUCCCUUCGCUCGUGACCGCCGCCCUCCUCAUCACCGCCACGGACCACACGCAAGCCUUCCAGACCGAGGCGCACGCGCUCACCCGACUCGCGCUGACGGAGCUAUCCGUGCUACUCAAUGAGGUACAGAGGAUCGCGAGCAGGAGCGAUACCUCAAAAAAGAAGGGGGAAGAGCUGGCGCAACCCGCCAAAGACGCCGUGACGCUGGCGGCGGCGCGGGCGUGGGAGUCGUGCGACGCGCUGGUGGACCUGGCGGCCAAGGGGGUGGUGGGCUUCGUGGUGCGGCGGGUGGAGCAGUGGCGGGAUCUGGUGCGGGAUGCUGUCGGGGAGAUCGAGGAGUGGGAUCCCGACGAGGAGGGGGAUGAGUUUUUCGACGAGUUGUUGAGUGAUGAUGACGGUGAUGAUGAUGCUGAUGAUGCUGAAGAUCAAAAGGGGGAGGAUGAGGACGAGGAAGAGUCGAAGGCAUUGCAUGCGCAGAAGAAGUCGACGCUGCGCGUGUUGAAACCCAUCGCGCAGGUGUAUCCGGCGAUCGUGACGCACCGGCUCAAGAAGACGGCGGAUGCGGUGGCGGAGGUGGGCAAGUUGGAGGCGUUGACGGAGAAUCUCCGCUUGAUUCCGGAGCUCGUGGAUGAGGUUGCCGGGGCUUUGUACGAGGCGAACCCGGACAAGUCGGGCCGGUUUCUGGGGCAGACUAAGGAUAGGGCUGUCGCGGCUUUGGAGCUGGUCAAGUUGCCUUGGCAGCAGGGAACGACGGGUGAGGAGAAGGGGGACAAGUUCACUACUUGGGUGAACACGUGGUUGAAGGUCAUGGAUGAGCUGAGCAAGUCUGUCUUUGGCUCGGCGUGAUUCUGGUGAUUGUGAGGCCACUGAU